AUGGAUCCCAGAUCAGGCAGCAGCCAGGAUUCGGACUCGGAGAUCGUUUUCCAGCUGUGGCUGCAGCUCUUGCUCUGGACCCACCUGGCCUUGCGUUUCCUGAGUUACCUGCGCCAUACCCUCUGGGGACCUAAGCCACAGCCAGCACCCUGAGCCUCCUGGGCUGGGGGCCAAGGGCCCCAGGUUGCCCCAUCCCACCCCUGGAGUGGCGGGAUGAGGAGUGAAAGAGUUCUUAGCCAAAGCCAAAGAA